AUGACAAUGAGUGGACCUGCAUCAGGUCUAGAACAGAAGCUGUGUAUGUCAAUAUUUGCUAAAUUCUCUAGGCGUAUCACCGUGAGCGUCAUCCGCUCGGAUCAGGCCGACUCCGAGAUUAUCAAUCUUGAAGUCGGCGGCGACAUGUCCGUGGAGCUUCUCAAGGCGAUUGUUGAAUCCGAAUCCUCCAUCCCCGCCGGUGCCCAACAGCUCGUUUUCAAUAAUCAACUGCUAAAUAACCCGGCGCAGACCCUAGAUGAAGUGGGCAUCCAAGAAGGCGAUAUGCUCGGUGUCCACGUCACCGUCCGCGGAACGCAACAAUCUGCCCCCCAAGCUGGUCCCAGCACAGUUGCUCGCCAGGCCCGUCCCCCGCGCCCGGGAAUGCCCGAUCCUGAAACUCUUCGUCUUCACAUCCUAGGAGACCCUCGUGUCCGCGAGGCAGUGCGUCGCCAGAACCCCGACCUGGCAGAUGCCGCCGAUAACGCGGAUCAAUUUCGCCAGGUUUUGACCGCGCAGCAACAGCAGGAGUUCCAGUCGGAACGUGAGAAGGAGGCGCGAAUUGCCAUGCUCAACGCUGACCCGUUCAACCCAGACAACCAGCGUGAAAUUGAAGAAAUUAUACGCCAGAAUGCUGUUACUGAGAACCUCCACAAUGCUAUGGAGCAUCACCCUGAAUGUGAAAUUUACACCGAUCCCCUGCAUUUUCUAAUUACUGAACUAAUCAAAUGCUUUACGGAAUUAGCCUUCGGUCGCGUCACUAUGCUCUACAUCCCCGUCGAAGUAAACGGUCACAAGGUCAAGGCUUUUGUCGACUCCGGUGCCCAGGUCACUAUCAUGUCGCCCAAGUGUGCGACCUCGUGUAACAUUAUGCGACUGGUCGACCGCCGGUAUGGCGGCAUCGCGCAGGGAGUGGGCACCGCCCCAAUUAUGGGACGGGUCCACUCCGCUCAGAUCAAGAUUGGCGCCAUGUUUCUGCCUUGCUCCUUCACCGUCAUGGAGGGCAAGGGUCCCGAUCUGCUCCUGGGACUGGACAUGCUACGCCGUCACCAAGCCUGCAUUGAUCUGCAGCAUGGCGUGCUGGUGAUCCAGAAUCAGGCUGUGCCAUUCCUCGGCGAGGGAGACAUCCCCAAGGACUUUGUGAAUGAGCCCACUGUCAAGGGCGAAGACGGCGCCGAGAUCGGCGCCCGUACUGGUGCUGUCACCCACGAAGCCGGAACUGGAGCUGCAACUGGCGCUGCAACUGGAAAUGCAGUUGAGACUAGCGCUACCGGCGGGUCUAGUUCCAGCGCUUCGGCUCCUAAGAUCAACCUCCGCCCUGCCCAGCCUCCGUCGCGCUGGCCUCAGGAUUCUAUUGGUAAGAUCACAGAACUGGGAUUCACCCGCAGGCAGGCAGAGCAGGCUCUUGACGCGGCCAAUGGAGACCUAGACGAGGCCAUUGGAUUCCUCAUCUAA